CUGCGGGGCCACUUGGCUCCUCAAGCGCUGCGGCAGCUGACGAAACGCACCCGUGGCGUGGUGGCUGCGGUGGCGUUCGUGGAGGUUUGGAGGAGGGAGUUCCAAGAAAAUAUAAAGUUUUAAAUGUCCGGGUGUCCAGACCUCUUGAUCCACCUGGUGUAGCCUCCAACGUCCUUGCCCUGCCACGCGCCCUCUUGCAUAUCAUCAUCUCGCGUCCUUGCGACCUCCGCUAAUCUAGUAGGGAAGAUAAGUGGCAGAGAAUCAAGUUCGUAUUUGUUUGAAAUGUCAGAGGUGUUUAGAGGAUGCGAUAAGAGGAAAAAGACGAGAGGAGGAGAGGAGACGUGGCACCACCGCCGUGCUCUGAGGUCAUGGUCACGGAACCUCGAGUGUAAAAAGUGCUGCGAAGCGUCCCAAGUCUCUUAAAACUUACUCCCUCCUCGUGCUGUCCGCACGCCGUCGCUCUCCCGCCACGUUGGCCUGCCUUUCGACAACGGUCCCUCGUGACAAAAACUAUCCGAAGCCCUUUCGAGGAUCGGGAUGCCUCAUUAGCUAAAGAAAAAUAAAAGAGAAAUGAAUUACUCGGAAAUAGUGUUGGAACCUUGUUGACGGAGCGGAGUGUUGUGUCGUCGGCCAGUCAGUGUUGCUCCAUGCGCCUUCCAGGGAGGAGGUUCUCGACGCUCGCUCCCUCUCGACCCUUAAGCAUGGCCUCCCCCUACCUCUCGAAGUGAGAAAAAUAUAUUUAAAAACGGGGAUGCUUGAGAAUAUGAGCGUGAGAGGCGUUUAAAGACAUUAUUAUAGUGGUGAGAUGUAAAGCACUUGUUGAUUUUAUUGUUUAAGGACUUUUUUAUGUAUGAUUUCUCGUCAUUUAUUCUUCAAGACUGUUGUUCCUGCCAGCGAGAAACAGCAGCGCAUUACCACUCCGCCCUGUCCCCCUUCUCUCCGCCACCCUCGGUGCCACCACAAUGAGCAUGAGCAUGACGGAUGAGGAGGAGCGCAUGUCGCCCGAUCUGGGAGCCAGCAUGGAUGCUGAUCCCCUCCACCACCACCCCUCCCACUCGCCGUCCCCCGAGGAGCCCAGGGACCUCAGCGUCAAGCGGAAGAUGCGCCCAGUGCCACCCCCCUUAGACCUGAGCAAGCGCACGCUGGAGCCGGAGGCAAUGAUCCCUGAGUUUGCGGCCAUCACCACUACCAGCCCCAAGUCUCCCCUCACGCAGAAAAGUCUCCCUCUCAGGAAAAGGGCGCACAGUUGGUCAUUCCAGCUGGAGGCCCAAGGGCUGCAGCUGCCAGCUGGGGCAACUCAAGGGGUUAUCAAGUCUACAGCAGAAAUUCGUGAGCACUCAACAGAAAUACCUUCCUCAUCCUCCUCUUCGUCAUCCUCAUCGCUAAGGAUCCCGGGGGUCAUCACCAGCAGGUUUCCCUUCAGUGAGGGGGGUUCCAAUGGCUCGUCCUUGGGGGCAGGAGGCAUGUCAGGAGGCAACCAGGGUCCCCUCAACCUUUCCACAGCCCCCCUUGGAGGGCUGCCCUCCUCCCUUCUGUCUCCAGCCCCCUCACAUCCCUCUACCUCCUCCCUCAAUUCCUCCAGGGAGGAGCUGGAAAGCGAAGGCAUGAUGGCUGACUACCAUGUGUCAUAUUUGCAUGGUGGUCCCUCAGGGCACCAACUUCAUGGGGGACUAGGGCCAGGGGACCGGAUGGGCCAUGGCUCCUCACCCUGCCCCUCAUCUGUAUCCCCCCAACCUACGUCAGGGCAUCAGUGGCCAACCAAUGUCUGGUCUGUGUUCAUGUCUGGUGUUCGUGUGCAUUUCGUCCUAGGCGGUGGAGGCCAGGUCACAAGCGCAAGACUCAGUGAAGAGUUAGGUCAACUGGAGCGCACACAUCAGCAGCGCUAUGCCCCCCAUGGCCUUCAUCUGAUGCGCAUUCUGCAUGAAGCACCCUCUACGCACAUCCCCGGCCCCCCAAGCUACUGCCAGCUGUAUUUCAGACCAGUUAGGGUCCAGCAAGAAGACAUUAUGGUCAUCACACCACCAGACCACCCCUUCUACGUCCAUGGGAAAGGUUGGUGCAGUGUGUUCCCUGAUCGAACAACAGAGAGAUACAGUCUCCCAUGCCAACAGUUGCAAGAGGGGGAUGUAUGUUUACCACCGUACCAUCCAGAGACAACACAGACCCCCAUUCCUGUUGUCACACCAGACCUGGCUGAUGCCAUGAAAAGGUUUGACUUUAACGACGACCUGGUGGAGGGAGGCCCGGGAGCCUACUCAGCCCCACCUAGUGCCACUUUCCCCCCACACACACACAGAACAGUCUUCCUCUCGCCACCAGCCUCACCCUCCAAGAAGAAUCGAGACUGCCGCAGCCAGUCGCGCAAGAAGGCCCAUGAACGGAUUCAUGUUAUUUGCUAAGCAUCACCGUCUCAAGCUCAUCCAGCAAUACCCUGGAAAAGACAACAGGGCUAUCUCUGUCCUCCUAGGCAGUAUGUGGAAAGCCUUGCCUGAGGAGGACCGUGAGACGUUUAAUGCAGAAGCCAGAGCACAAGCAGAAGAACGGAAAAGAAUUGACCCCGACUGUUGGAAGAGAAAACGCUCACACUCCACCAGUUAAAAGGGUGAUGGCAGCAACAUAG